CGACACGAGUAAACGAUCCUGGUUUUGCGUUUUAAUUUCUAAUUAUUAAACGUUUCGUAAUUGUGUGUAAAACCGACUAUGACGACAGCGGUAUUUAGUUCCAGUGAUGUGGCUGUACUUGAGCGACAGGUUGAACUGGACCAGACCGAACACCUAACGGAAGAUCUCAACCUGCAGAGUUUUUGGGAUCAUCAAGAGUUGAAAGGUUGCGUGGAUUGGAUCCAGACAAAUAACCUUCGAAAGAUAUGCCUGCAGUUCCCGGAUGUACUACUGCCAUUCUGUACGACAGUGCUCGAACAACUCCAGCAGGAGAUUGCUUCGCUGGAACUGUUCAUAUUGGGGGAUACAUCGUACGGAAGUUGUUGCGUGGAUGAGAUUGCUGCUUCGCACGUAAACGCUGAUGGUGUGAUCCAUUUUGGACACGCUUGCCUCAGCCGUUCCGUUCGUCUACCAACAAAGUAUGUUUUUCUCCGAGGACAACUGGAUACCGAACGUUUUGAGGCUGCUGUUCGCGAACGGUUCUCUGAUCCAGAUGCUGAUCUUGCCGUGUUUUAUGAUGUUAGCUACGCUCACUGCAUCAGUAAGAUUGAAAGUGCGAUGAAAGAUUACUAUAACAAACUGACGAUUGCUCAACUGGCCACCCGCCUGAAAUCCUCGAACGCCGCCGACUUCCGUGCUGCUCUGGUCAACGUUCCGCCCACUGAAACAACCCAGCUGGACAGUGGACUGCGUGUAGCUAGCGAGGAUUCCGGUUCGCAGACGGCAACCGUUGGUCUUUGGAUUGAUGCCGGAUCCCGGUACGAGGACAAUCGCAACAAUGGCGUUGCUCAUUUUCUGGAACAUAUGGCAUUCAAGGGUACUGCCAAGCGUUCCCAGACCGAUCUGGAGCUGGAAGUGGAAAACAUGGGUGCCCAUCUGAAUGCGUACACAUCUCGCGAACAGACCGUUUUCUACGCCAAGUGUUUGUCGAAGGAUGUCCCGAAAGCGGUGGAGAUUCUGUCGGAUAUUAUUCAAAACUCUAAGCUGGGAGAGGCGGAGAUCGAACGGGAACGCGGUGUUAUCCUGCGCGAGAUGCAAGAAGUCGAAAGCAAUCUACAGGAGGUCGUUUUUGAUCAUCUCCAUGCUACCGCCUACCAGGGAACUCCGCUUGGCAAUACCAUUCUGGGACCUACCAAGAACAUCCAAUCUAUUGGCAAAUCGGAUCUGCAAGCGUAUAUCGAUUCGCACUACAAGGCCCCUCGUAUCGUACUGGCUGCGGCCGGUGGAGUCAAGCAUAACGACCUGGUAAGGUUGGCUGAGUCCAGUUUGGGCAAGGUCGGUAGCACUUUCGAUGGUAAGGCUCCGCUGCUGUCGCCAUGCCGAUUCACCGGAUCAGAGGUUCGCGUUCGUGAUGAUUCGCUUCCUCUUGCCCAUGUUGCCAUUGCCGUUGAGGGUUGUGGCUGGACGGAUCAGGACAAUGUUCCACUGAUGGUUGCCAAUACUUUGAUCGGAGCGUGGGAUCGUUCGCAUGGAGGCGGUGCCAACAAUGCUUCGAAACUGGCAGCUGCCGCGGCCGAGGAUAAUCUCUGCCAUAGCUUCCAGUCGUUCAACACCUGCUACAAAGAUACCGGCUUGUGGGGAAUCUAUUUCGUGUGCGACCCUCUCAAAUGCGAGGAUAUGAUGUUCAACCUGCAGAACGAGUGGAUGCGCUUGUGCACCAUGGUUACGGAAAGCGAAGUCGACCGUGCCAAGAAUCUGCUCAAAACCAAUAUGCUGCUGCAGUUGGAUGGAACGACUCCAAUUUGCGAGGACAUUGGUCGCCAGAUGUUGUGCUAUAACCGUCGCAUUCCGUUGCACGAACUGGAGAAGAGGAUUGACAGCGUUACUGCCCAAAACGUACGCAGCGUUGGGAUGAAAUACAUUUUCGAUCGUUGCCCGGCAGUUGCUGCCGUUGGACCAGUGGAGAACCUGCCCGAUUACAUGCGUAUUCGUGGUUCGAUGUCCUGGGUCCGAGUGUAAACGACCACAGAUUCUUGGGUCCGAGCUGAGAGGAGGUAUAUAAUUUCUAUUGGUAGCCAAAAACGAAAUCAAACAACAAAGGAGCGAUGUUUACGUUACCCCAAAAUAAAUAACUGGGUGUACGUUCAGAGGAAUAUUCCCGGGCAAGUCCUUCAAGGAAGAGACGAAUAAUUCAAUAGUUUUUGCUGUAAACCUAAUAAAAUAGCACGAAACAGAAA